AUGAUUCGUGCGUUCUUGCCACAGCCACGCGCUUCGAUUCAGACGGCAUUGGGUCAACCAGAGGUGUAUCUGAACUGCGACUGUUGCCGCCCACCUUCUGGGAGCGCAGGCCAGAGCCUGGCGGACAUGGUCCUCCCAACGCAGCACGACACCUGCAUUCUCUACAAACUAUAUGUGGAAUGUGGGCGGAUGAUUAAUAUGUACGACUGGUUCACGGCCUUUGGGAUGAUCCUUGAGCGUGGAGAGCAGCCUGGUGGUGUGGAGGAACCGCUGGCCAAGAAACGAGCAGGAGCCAAGGGCAGCCGUACUGGAUCGAAAGCCAAGACCAAGGCGAGCAAGCUGGACCAGAAGGAGGUGCAGGCAAGGUUCAUUAGUGGGGUGGCCGAGCUGCAGUUUAUGGGGUUCAUCAAGUCGACCACUCGGAAGACGGAUCAUGUCAUGCGACUCACUUGGGGAAAUAUCUAA